UUUCAUUAAGACGGAUAAAUGUCGGGCUCAUGUGAGCAUUCGUGCUUGAGGCUUGCCUGCACUUUGAGUCUCAUAUAAGUCUUACCUAUCCAUCACCAUUUUCUAUUUGGUGUAGGCUCUAUCCCACAGCCGCCUGUUCUACCAUACCCUUCAAAGACUAGCCUCACCUAGAGAGUGACUCCGGCAAGAAAGACCCGCAAGUCCCUCAAGAUUAGCUAUUACGCUGGGGACGUUCAUCAAGAUGAGCGCCGUGACAGACAGUCAAGCGGAGCGCGAUGUUGAGGCACCCAUCUCCCCGCCCGAAACCGAGACGAGCAAUUCGACGCCGAACACGGUGUUUUCUCCGCCAUAUAGUCCCCCACAGAAGAUUCAGCAACUUUUGAGAGACACAAGAGCUGCAGCAAGAAAGAAGUUAGAUCAGCUGACGCUGGAAGAGAAGGUCUCGCUGCUUACCGCCGCAGAUUUCUGGAGAACAAAGGCUAUACCAUCCAAGAGCAUACCGUCAGUGAAGACAUCAGAUGGGCCAAACGGUGCCCGUGGUGGUAUCUUUGUCGGCGGAACCAAGGCUGCUCUUUUCCCCUGCGGAGUCUCCCUAGCGGCAACCUGGAACAAGGACCUACUCUAUGAGGUUGGCCAACACCUUGCCGAUGAGGCGAAAGCAAGAUCUGCGAACAUUCUACUGGCGCCGACAGUCUGUAUGCAUCGGCAUCCCUUAGGCGGGCGUAACUUCGAGUCUUUCUCGGAAGACCCUCUUCUGACUGGCAAAUUGGCUGCCCAGUAUGUUCGUGGCUUGCAGGAUAAGGGCGUAGCCGCAACCAUAAAGCACUUCGUUGGCAAUGAGCAAGAGACGCACAGACUGACAAUAGAUUCUCUGAUCCAAGAACGUCCUUUGCGCGAGAUUUACCUACGACCGUUUGAGAUUGCUGUACGAGAGGCGAAUCCAUGGGCUCUUAUGUCCUCAUACAAUCUCGUCAACGGCGUACAUGCAGACAUGCACAACCUGGUACUGAGAGAUAUUCUUAGAGGCGAGUGGGGUUACGAUGGAACCGUCGUGUCUGACUGGGGCGGCACAAACUCGACCGCAGAGUCCAUUAUCGCAGGGUGCGAUGUCGAGUUCCCCUACUCUCCAAACUGGCGUUUCGAAAAGGUGAUUGAGGCCAUGAAUGAGGGUAAAGUGACCCUAGAAGACAUCAACCGCGCCGCAGAGAACGUCCUCACGCUUGUCGAGCGACUUAAAGGCGAUGACAUGUCAGCGGAACUGCCAGAGAGAGAAGACAACCGCGAGUCGACGCGCAGUCUGAUCCGCACUGCUGGGGCUGAGGGCCUGACACUUCUCAAAAACGAUGGCGCAGUUCUUCCCUUGAACCGAAAGACAACCAAAGUUGCCGUUAUUGGGCCAAACGCAAACCGAGCUAUUGCCGGUGGAGGAGGAAGUGCAAGCUUGAAUCCCUACUACAGAACACUUCCACUGGACAGUAUCCGCGCAAGUUCUGAGCAAGAAGUUACUUUCGCUCAAGGCUGCCACAUUUACAAAUGGCUCCCAGUAGCGUCGCCUUACUGUACUGAGAAGUCAGGCAAGCCCGGCGUCAACAUCGAUUGGUACUCUGGCGACAAGUUUAAAGGCGAAGUCGUUGUUGUGCAGCGACGAGUGAAUACGGAUUUGUUUCUAUGGGAUUCCGCACCCCUAGCAGAGAUUGGCCCCGAGUGGUCAGCAGUCGCGACGACUUACCUUACGCCAAAGAGUACUGGAAAGCAUACAGUCAGCUUCAUGAGCGUUGGUCCUGGCAAGUUGUAUGUGAACGGAAAGCUUGCUCUGGAUCUUUGGGACUGGACCGAGGAAGGGGAAGCCAUGUUUGAUGGGUCUGUGGACUAUCUUGUCGACGUCGAUAUGGAGGCUGGUAAGCCUGUGGAGCUAAAAGUCGAGAUGACCAACGAGCUUCGCCCGGUGGCGAAGCAGAAACAAUUUGGCAUAACGCAUAAGUACGGAGGGUGCCGUAUUGGCUUCAAAGAAGAAGACCAAGUUGAUUUCCUCCAGGAGGCCGUGGAUGCGGCUAAGGCGGCCGACGUAGCAGUUGUCAUUGUUGGUUUGGAUGCAGAGUGGGAGUCCGAGGGCUACGACAGACAGACUAUGGAUCUACCUUCCGACGGCAGUCAGGAUCGGCUCAUCGAAGCAGUGGUCAAAGCGAACCCUCGUACUGUUGUCGUCAACCAGUCCGGUACACCUGUAACUAUGCCUUGGGUCGACCAGGUUCCGGCCAUUAUUCAGGGAUGGUACCAGGGACAAGAGGCCGGCAAUGCCUUGGCCGAUGUCUUGUUCGGCAUUAAAUCCCCCAGUGGAAAGCUUCCGUCAACUUUCCCCAAGCGCAUUCAAGACACUCCCGCCUACAAUAACUGGCCUGGCGAGAACCUGAAGGUCAACUACGGCGAAGGCCUUUACAUUGGGUACCGCCACUACGAGCGUGCAAGAAUCGAGCCGCUGUUCCCCUUUGGUCACGGUCUUUCCUACACCACUUUCGAGUACGGCCGUCCAUCAAUCAGCACGAAGACCCUCACAUCUCAGGGCACAAUCGAGGUCAUCUUUGCAAUUAGCAAUGUCGGCUCGGUACCUGGCUCCGAGGCCGUGCAGAUCUAUGUGCGGGAUGACAAGUCCAGGCUACCCCGCCCGGAGAAAGAGCUUGUCGCUUUUGAGAAGGUGUUCCUAGAAGCUGGGGAAACGAAGCACCUCACCAUUCACCUCGACAAGUAUGCCGUGGGCUACUAUGACACCUCGGUCCCGGGCUGGGUCGCCGAGGAGGGCACCUUCAAGAUCCUUAUCGGCGCAUCAUCUGCUGAUAUCAAACACUCCGUCCAGUUCGAAGUCAAGGAGUCAUUCAACUGGGUCUUCUAG